UAUCCCCACUACCACCAUAUCUUAAGAAAGUGGCAAACAGAAUUCUCAUUCUCACGCUAAGGGCUGCCGAUAGAAUAUAGCUAUAGCAGUUAUUUACUGUCUAGGAUUAGUGAAAGUGUUUCGUCGGCUGCCGGCCAAAAAUUGAUGGGCUUCCGAUAAUCGCCCGUUAUUAUUUUUGUGAUUGCUUGGUGGUUUUCCUUUAUUAGAAAAUAAAUAGUGUUACUUUUAAAAUAAGUGAAGAUUUUAUUAUUAGAUAUAGUAAUGAUUCAGACAAUAUAAUAUUAAAUAUUACCCUUCAACAUCCAAAGACUUUGACCUCUAGACUUCCAAAAUGAUUGCUACAUUAACGCAACUAUCCGAUGAAUCCCAACCAUUAGUGCGUGAUCCUGUAAGCAAAACCAUAUUGACGCUCCCUAAAUGCAACGGUAAUGAACUACCAAUAGUCUCAACUAGUAAUAUUAGUAAAGAAGAACUGGAAAAACCAAAAGAAACAGAAGAACUCGAGGAAUUAGAUGAAUUAGAAGAAGUGGGUGAUGCCAACGAAAUUAGUGAUAUUAGCGAUAUUAGCGAUGAAGAAGAAAAUGUAGAAAAUAAUAAUAAUGUAGAAAAUAUUAAAGAUGAUGCAGGCGAAAAUAAUAAAAACCAGAAACCACUACCUAACUAUGAGAAAUACAAAUUUCUUUUUUGGGAGUUCGAAACGCCAAUCAUUUGGGUUAGCGUCUUUUUCAUUUUUUUGUGGCAUGCUUUGUCUGUCUACAUGGUAUGCACUUUUCCAUUAAUGGAUGAGAUACCUCUGGUAUUGUAUGCUACGGUUAUAGGAGGAAUUUCAGGAUUCGGAGUAACAGGUGGUGCCCACAGAUACUUCACACACAGAGCCUACAAGGCGAGGUUACCAUUAAAGAUCAUUCUUCUGAUUUGUUACAGCGUUGCUGGUCAAAACACGCUAUACGACUGGGUACGCGACCACAGAGUCCAUCACAGAUUUAGCGAAACCGACGCAGAUCCACACAACGCCAAGCGAGGUUUCUUUUUCUCACACGUAGGAUGGCUUAUGAUGAGAAAACAUCCGGAAGUUAUUAGAAAAGGACGCAUGAUAAAUCUAAAAGACAUUACUGAAGAUCCCUGGGUCGCCUUCAACGUGAAGUACUGGUUUUGGUGCAAACUGUUCUGUUGCUUUAUCAUUCCUUCUUCUAUUCCUCCACUGCUAUGGGGAGAAAGUUGGUACCACAGUAUAUGUGCAAUAUGUUUUGUGAGAUAUGUCAUAUCUCUAAAUUCUACGUGGGCAGUCAACAGUUUUGCUCAUUUCUUUGGAAAUAAACCUUAUGACAAAACCAUCCGCCCAUCAGAAAACCUCGCCGUAUCCCUUUUCGCUAUGGGUGAAGGAUACCACAAUUACCACCACACAUUCCCUUGGGACUAUCGGGCUGCAGAAUUGGGCCAGAUGCUAAACGUUACGACGAUGUGGAUAAAUAUCUUCGAAAAAAUCGGCUGGGCCUAUGAGCUCAGAGCUCCUACCAGUGAUAUGAUCCAGAAAAUAACCAGAAACCGUGGAGAUGGUUCCCACCUCAAGUGGGGUCACAAAGUUCCAAAAACUUACAGUUGCCCAGUUGCCACAGAAGUGCGAAAAGAGCAAUAAAUUAUUAUUUAAUAUUUAAUAUUUAAUAUUGUUGGGAUAUUAUAGUUUUGUCUGGUUAGUUCGUUAGUUUUAAAAAUAAAUGUUAAGAUAAUUUUAA